GCCGGAUCGAUUGAGGACGUUGAUUGGGGUAACGACAUCCGCCGUAUCCCUUCCUUUGGUAAAGUAUUGGACACAGAAAGCGGCAAGCCGCGGUAGAGUUAUCGGAUAGUAUUGGAGACAUGUUUUCUCUUUUUUUUCUGGUCUUGGGCGAGAUGUGAUCCCUCAAGUUGCGAGAUCCCUUCAGGUCUCUGUCCAAAAUAAACAAACUUUGCGCUUGGGUCUUUCGUCUCAAACGACUUGUCUGCACCAUGAAGAACAUGUUCUUGCGACAGAGCUCCCGCGCCGUUGGCCGGCAAGAACUGUGGCGUCUUAGUCGGAGGGGACUGAGCAGACUUGCGCCGACUGCGACGUCCACGAUAACACCAUCUACGACUUCGUCGCCUACUCGCCCCCUUCCCGCGAACUCGAGGUCGUCUGCUCUAGCGCAACAACCACCCUCUACGAGAAGAGCGUUCCAUGCCACGAGAGACCUUCAAGUCGUUAAGCCGGUCUUCCUUGCCGAUAUUGGAGAGGGAAUUGUCGAGUGCGAAGUCAUCCAAUGGUUCGUCGAGCCCGGCGCCCGAGUCGAAGAGUUUUCGCAGCUGUGCGAAGUCCAGAGUGACAAGGCUUCUGUUGAAAUCACCAGUCGCUUUGCCGGUGUAGUCAAGAAACUCUACUAUGAUGCGGGCGAGAUGGCCAAGGUCGGAAAGCCCUUUAUCGAUAUCGACGUUGAGGGUGGUCCGGAGAACAAGGAGGUGGAGGCUUUGACGCCGCCUGAGCCUGUUUCUACCCCGAAAGGACGGCAGGCCAUCAAGGGGGAGGCUAUCUCAACAUCUACGCCACAAGCUAUUGCUCCCGAGCUCAAACAGUCAUUUGUCGCGGCAUCGUGGGCACAGCAAACGCCCACUCCCUCGCACUCGCAGUCGCCAGUGACGAAGCAGACGGGCAAGCAUGCCUCAUUGGCGACUCCAGCUGUUAGGCACUUGUCGAGGCAGCUGAACGUGGACAUCACUGAGAUACCUGGGACAGGCAAGGAUGGACGGGUGCUCAAGGAGGAUGUCUACAAGUUCGUGCAAGCUAGGGACUCUGCGCCAACACAAUCCCCCGCUGCUGCUACGCCAACCGCGCCGGGUGUGACCGCUGCCGCUGCCGCCGCGAGCGCAUUCUUGUCCCCCGACGUCGGGAUUUCCGGCCCACAAAAGGAAACCACGGUACCUCUUACAAGGACACAGGAGAUGAUGUUCAAGUCCAUGACACGGUCACUAACCAUCCCACACUUCCUCUACGCCGACGAAGUCGACUUUACCUCCCUAGUUGAGUUGCGAACACGCCUCAACCGGGUCCUCUCCAAGUCUGGCCUCCCCGAAGGCCAGGUCAGCAAGCUUUCUUAUCUCCCCUUCAUCAUCAAGGCCGUCAGCAUGGCCCUUUACAAGUACCCCGUCCUCAAUGCUCGUGUUGAGCUUGAUAGCAACAACAAUGGCAAGCCUUCCCUCGUCAUGCGCAGCCAACACAACAUUGGUGUCGCAAUGGACACCCCUUCCGGCUUGCUCGUGCCCGUCGUCAAGAACGUCGGCAGCCUCAAUAUCUUGAGUAUCGCCGCCGAGCUGGCCCGUCUGCAGUCACUGGCCGUGGCCGGUAAGCUGUCGCCACAGGACAUGUCUGGCGGCACGAUCACCGUCAGCAACAUUGGUAGCAUCGGAGGCACCUACCUGUCCCCGGUAAUAGUAGAGCGGGAGGUGGCCAUUCUCGGCGUCGGUCGCAUGCGUACUGUCCCGGCAUUCUCGACGGUACCUGGGGAGGAAGACAAGAUCUUGCGAAGGCAGAUCUGCAAUUUCAGUUGGAGUGCUGACCACCGCGUGAUUGACGGGGCGACCAUGGCCAGGGCGGCGGACGUGGUGAGGACGAUUGUUGAGGAGCCUGAUGUUAUGGUUAUGCAUCUCAGGUGAUGUUGUUUGGCAGUCGGUUGAGGAAGAAGUCCAUCGCAGCCCAGCGUCUACAGUCACUUUGUCUCUGUGUUUGCUUGCAUCAUCUGAGUACCCCUUAGCGCAUCAAUACUACCUAUACCUAUACCUACAUUGUAUAUAGUCUUUCACCUAGACAAGUUUUGCUCACGACAAUUGCAUUUGAAGAUUUAAAAAGGGGGUGU